AUGCCGGAAACUCGAAAGGCCAUCAUCAUCGGCGCCGGCCCCGCUGGCCUUGCAGCAGCACUCCGUCUCCACCAACAAACAAACAUAAAAUGCACAGUCUAUGAGCUCCGAUCCUCACCCACAACGCUAGGCGGAGCUAUUGGAAUCCAGCCCAACGGCCUGCGCCUCCUACACCGACUUGACGUCCUCGAUGCAGCCGUAAGCAGAGGUUAUGGCGGGCGCAAUUUGACGAUGCACUCGUUGCAGGGUCAUGUAGUUGGGUCGAUGGAUCAUGUUGGUUGGGCGCGAGGGAAGACAGGGUUCGGGUAUUUGCGGAUUAAGAGGAGGGAUUUACAGGAAGUUUUGCUUGAGGAGGUUGAGAAGGUGGGCAUUCCAGUUCGGUUUGGAAAGAAACUGGUGAAGAUUGAUGAUCGUGUUGAUGAAGUUAGUGUUGUGUUUGAGGAUGGGGACACAGAUUCGGCGGAUUUGUUGCUUGGAUGUGAUGGGAUUCACUCCUUUGUGCGGAGGACGCAUAUCGAUCCAACUCAGAUGGCGGAGUACUCGGGUCUGUCGGGCAUCAUGUCAAUUGUUCCGGCUGAGACUGUUUCGUCGGAGGUUAUGGAUCAGAUCUCUGGGCUUGAGGCGACCUUGACGGAAGAAGGAAUGAUGGCCUUGAAUCCCUGCACAGCUUCUAAAGAUGAGUUGUUCUGGUUUUUCACCAAAGAAGUUCCACUUCCCGAAUCUGGGGAUAGUCGGGAUGGAUGGGAGGUACAUGGGAAAGAGGAGGUGCAGGGGUUCAAAGACAUGCUUCUCGAUGUCUUGAAGAAUGCACAGGGUGAUUGGGGAAACAUGCUGAAGAAGAUUGUCAGCAGCACCUCUGUUGUCAAGUUUUAUCCCAUUUACCGCCUUCCUCUCGGAAAAGCGUGGUCCAAAGGCCGUUGUGUCUUGGUUGGCGAUGCGGCCCACGCCAUGUCGCCGCAUGCUGGACAGGGCGUUUCGAUGGCGCUUGAGGAUGUCUUCUUGCUUUCCCGUCUCCUCAAAGAUGAGACACGGCCUUUGUGCGAUGUUUUCGAGAAAUAUGAUGCCAUUCGCAGGCCUCGUGUUAAUGAAAUAUUCAAGAUGGCUACGGAAAACGGCGAGAUGCGAAAGAAGUCUACUUCGUGGGGACUUUGGUUCAAGGAGAUGAAAGUGUCUGUUGGAUUGAACAUAUCAUGGCUCCUAGGACUGGACUUGAAGGGGGCGAGACAGGGACACCUGGUUUACGAUAUUGACAAAGUGGAGCUGUGA